CAAAGUAUGUGCUGAAUAUAGACUGAAUUUUCUAUCUAAAUUCGGAAUCUAUUUACCAACCUUCAAUUCUGACUUUGACAUUUAAAUUUCUUGUAUUUUGUAUUUUAGAAAGAAUCGUUUUCUUUUUCAUAAAAAUUUCAGUAAAAAUUGUUUAAACGUUCCUCAUAAUUUAAAUUUAUGUACAAUUUUUAAGAAAACUGAUGCGUAAAUGAUUCAGAAUGAAAAGAACGGAAAGUCAAAUUUUGAAUAUCAGAGAAAGUCAAAAUCAUGAUUACAUCUAUGAGUUGCAGUCAAAGUUUCCCACUAUCAACUUCAAGCGCUUGGUAAAAACUGAAUCUACUUAUAAUGGGAGCAAACGGACUAAAACUAUGGAAAGUGAAAACAUUUUUAUAGAAGGUCAGAUAAAGAAAGCUUUAACUUCCGUUCAUUUGCCCACGCAAGCCCAAAUAUUACGAAGAAAGUUCUUAUACUUUUCACAAAACGAGUCUAAACAUGAAAUCUAUAAAUUCGAUGACGCAAAAGAAUUGACUGUAAAAGAAAGAUUUGUCAUUCACUAUAUAGGACAUGCUACAAUGUUAAUACAAGUUUCUGGUUUCACUAUUCUAACGGAUCCAAUUUUCUACGGCUUAGACAGAUAUUAUCCAGAAAAAACGAAAUCUUACCCAUUCAUCCAGUACUUGCCAAGGAUAGACGUUAUACUAAUAACCCACAACCACAGAGAUCACGUAGAUAGAAGAUCUUUACAAGAACUUUUAGAAUUUUAUAGAACAAAAAUGUGGUCACAACCUAAGGUUUUGGUUCCAAUGGGAGAUAAGAAAUUACUACAAACUUUUGGUUUCCUGUAUAUAACUGAGCUAGACUGGUUCUCUAGAAUAACAAUAAAAGGAAACAGAACUAUUAUAAAUUUCGUUAGUAUUCCAGCUGAUCAAAAGUCUAGCAGGUACCAAAUCAAUCCCCACAAAAGUCUAGUUACUGGUUGGAUAAUCAAUCCAGAAAAAGAGGAUGUUAUUUUCAAAUACACUGGUGAUACAAGAUCUCUAAGUCUACCAACACAACUUGCUAUUGAUGCUUGUAUUUACAACGAAAUUACAAAGAAAUCUUACAAUAUAGGUUCUCCUGAAGGAAACACUAAUAUUCCAAAAAUAAUAUGUUUUGAACCAAGCGGUCCGAAUUACACGCGAUGCGCUGUUGAGGCAAAUCACCAAUCUUCUUCUUACAGCGCCCUUUUGAAGUUUAUUGAAAUUAGGAAUCUUAGUACCAUCAGCGGUAUUCCUAUCGAUUCUUUCCUACCAAGGGUCAAGACAGUGAUGUUCCACCACAAUAAGUUCCAGCUAGGACCAGAUAGAUUUAAUGAAGGUAAAUUCGUAACUAAAAAGUUACUCAAUUACCUACAUCUAGAUGACGAUAUUUUGAAUAAAGAAUAUGAAAGACAGAAACGGAAGUUGGAGAAACAUUUGGACAGAGAAAAGUUGAAAGACGCACUUCCGCUUCCAUCUAGAUCUGUUAUUGCUAAUUUACCGACUCACACGUCCAUUUUAGUUCGUUCCAAAGAUUUUAUUAUUCAAGAUAUUCAAACUGUACUGACUCAGUUUGACAUGGAUAGAGAAAAGUUACGAAAACUCUUGAUUGGUUAUUUGGUUAAGAAUACAGUGUUUCCUAUGAUUGGAGAGCGGAUGACUUACGAAGAUCUGAUGAAGGCAAGUUUUAUUGAUUGUGAAAAGUACGGUGGUGGUAAUAUGCAGAAAGAGUUAAAAAUUGAAAAUACUUUGUGAGAUGUGGCAUGUUUUCAGGUCAUACAAAUUAAACCAGUUUUUAUUGUUGUGUUAUUUAUUGUUGAAUUGUAAAAGAUUAAUAAAAGGUGUUUUAUGUGUAUCUUCUUA